AUGAAUCCAAACAUGUUGGUUCGCUCUGCUCGCCCAACCCUAGCCUCCAUUUGCCGCCAUUUCUCCGCCGCCGCUGCGACGGUGGACACGGUGGCCGGAGCUGUGGUGAAAACUCGCACCGGAGGAGGAGAAGCAACGAGAGGCAAAAGAGAAGCGAAAGGAGGAAAUAUCGUCGGUGGAAGAGACACACUAGGAGGUAGGUUACUAAGCCUUACGUAUACGAAACGCAGCGCCGUUGUUACUAUCCGUCAAUGGAAGGAAGAAGGCCAUUCCGUUCGCAAGUACGAACUUAAUCGGAUCGUUAGAGAGCUUCGUAAGAUUAAGCGAUACAAACACGCACUUGAGAUAUGUGAAUGGAUGGUUCUGCAGGAAGAUAUAAAGCUGCAACCUGGUGAUUACGCUGUACAUUUGGAUUUGAUAUCUAAACUCCGUGGUUUGAACAGUGCGGAGAAGUUUUUCGAAGACAUGCCGGAUCAAAUGCGAGGCCAUGCUGCUUGCACAUCUCUUCUCCAUAGUUAUGUGCAGAACAAGUUGUCUGAUAAAGCCGAGGCAUUGUUCGAGAAAAUGGGGGAAUGCGGUUUCUUGAAGUCUUGUCUUCCUUACAAUCACAUGCUAUCGAUGUACAUAUCGAAAGGGCAGUUUGAGAAGGUACCAGAAAUGAUUAAGGAAUUGAAGAUUAAAUCGUCGCCUGAUAUUGUUACUUAUAAUCUAUGGUUGACUGCGUUUGCCUCUGGAAAUGAUGUCGAAGCUGCGGAAAAAGUUUAUCUUAAAGUGAAGGAAGCAAACCUGAAUCCAGAUUGGGUGACUUACAGCGUGUUAACGAAUUUGUAUUCGAAGACCGAUAAUCUCGAAAAGGCGAAACUUGCUUUGAAGGAGAUGGAGAAAUUAGUCUCUAAGAAAAACAGAGUUGCUUAUGCUUCUCUCAUAAGCCUGCACGGGAAUUUGGGGGACAAAGAUGGAGUCAACUUAACCUGGAAGAAGAUUAAGUCAUCUUUCAAGAAAAUGAAUGAUGCGGAAUACCUCAGCAUGAUAUCUGCAGUUGUGAAACUUGGAGAAUUUGAACAAGCCAAAGAUCUGUACGAUGAAUGGGAGUCUGUUUCCGGGACAGGAGAUGCUAGAAUCCCGAAUCUAAUUCUUGCCGAGUACAUGAACAGAGACGAGAUUCAUUUAGGAGAGAAGUUUUACGAACGAAUAGUAGAGAAAGGGAUAAAUCCUAGCUAUUCUACCUGGGAAAUCCUCACAUGGGCUUAUUUGAAGCGUAAAGACAUGGAGAAAGUAUUAGAUUGUUUCGGUAAAGCCAUUGAUUCUGUGAAGAAAUGGACUGUGAAUGUAAGACUGCUUAAAGAAGUGUGCAAAGAACUCGAGGAACAAGGGAAUGUCAAAGGAGCGGAGAAGCUAAUGACUAUACUCCAAAAAGCUGGUCAUGUGAACACUCAGCUCUACAAUUCCUUAUUACGUACUUACGCUAAAGCCGGUGAAAUGGCGCUCAUAGUUGAAGAGCGAAUGGAAAAGGAUAACGUAGAGCUAGAUGAAGAGACUAGGGAGCUAAUAAGAGUAACCAGUCGAAUGCGUGUGACUGAAAUCUCGUCGAACAUUUCUUAG